UUACACGCGGACUUGUCCACCCUCCUAAUGUGUCCGUACUAAGGGAGGUCAAUGGAGUUGAACUAUAAUGCGUUCUCUCAGUGUAAAUUUAGGAUGUUUUUAAAAAUAUUUUUCCAUCUGACAUGUUAACCUACGAGGGGGGAAACAUAAGCCCCAGACUGUCAGCCUUUUUGUCACAUAUAUUGAGAAAUGGAUGAUGAUGAUGCAUUUUCUGAGCUUAAGACAAGGGAACUCCGAUGUUGGGAUGUUGCCCAGAUUGCUGUUGGAACUGGUCUCGCCGUUUACGCCAUGUGGGUUGGAGUCCUCCAGCCAGGCUUCCGCAAAGUCCCAUUGAGGUUACAGGUACCGUACAUACCUGCCAGUCGUGCCCAAGUGCGCAAUGUCAUGGCAUUGCUCAGAGGUCGAAAGGGGGUUCUUGUGGAUUUAGGAUCUGGUGACGGUCGCAUUGUCUUGGAGGCGCACCGACAAGGCUUCACAUCUCCUGUUGGCUAUGAGCUCAACCCCUGGCUGAUUCGUUUGGCCCGCUUUCAUGCGUGGAGAGCAGGUCAACAUGGCAACGUGUCCUACCGAAGAGAAGAUUUAUGGAAGGUGGACUUGACAGAAUGCAAGAAUAUUACCGUGUUUUUAGCUCCUAGUGUGCUUUCGCUAUUGCAGAAGAAAAUGGAGGCCGAGCUUCCUGACGAUGCCUUGGUGGUCGCUGGGCGUUUCCCCAUCCCAGAUUGGACACCCUGCAGAACUGAGGGACAUGGUGUGGACAGAGCCUGGGCUUACAACAUGAAAGCGCAAAGACAGCUCACUCCAAAUAAAAUGAAGAAGUCUACUGAUGGGCACCUUGACAAGAUAUCGAAAGAAACACAAACACCACUUGAGUGAUCAUAGAAGGUUGCCCUCCAAAAGGACACACUAUGAAGGAUAUAUUCUAUGAUGUAAAUAUUGGUAUUUUAAAGAUUUUUAACUGUGUGAAUGCAUCGUGGGUAAAUCCACAUAACAUAAAUGAUAUCAUUGCAUUGCCCAGUUUGUGUAAAGUAAAAAUGUUUCAGUUAGUCUCUGGAAAAAAAAGGUUACCCUCAUUGUCUUGUACACAUCAAAUAAUGUAUCUUAUUCAGUAAAAAUGUUUCCCAAAAGAAGUGGGACUACUUAUUCUGUUAUUGUCAAAUUAUUGGUAAAGGUCCAAAUGACAUCA